UCCUAAUCCACCGGGACCCCAGGUCUGACGGCUAGGAGCAGGGCUUCUGCCAGGGCCCUCACCACAUUGGCUGAGGCUCCCGGAAGGGGUGGGGCCUGGGGCGGCGCAGUGAGCGGAAGUGGUGUCUUUUACCUACCGCACUACGCAAAACAUGCCGAAAGCUGGGGCUAGGGCUGGGGCCGAAGGUUCCCGUGGAGCCAUGCAGACCGGGAGCGUGGCAGGCGGCCAGCAGAAGGACACAUCUGACAUGUCAUUUGAGGAGCUGUUGGAGUUACAGAGCCAAGGGGGACCCAAGGCAUGCAAACAGUUGGUAGCUGGAAGGAGCAGUCAGAAGCAAGGCCCCAGACAACCUGUGUGUGUUGCAGAUAAGCACCGGCCUCUGGAAAUGUCAGCCAAAGUCCGAGUGCCGUUCUUACGUCAGGUUGUUCCCAUCAGUAAAAAGGUAGCCCGGGACCCCCGCUUUGAUGAUCUGUCAGGGGAAUAUAACCCUGAGAUAUUUGACAAAACUUACCAAUUCCUGAAUGAUAUCCGAGCCAAGGAGAAAGAGCUCGUGAAAAAGCAGUUGAAGAAGCACCGCUCAGGGGAGGAGCAUGAGAAGCUGCGGCAGCUGCUUCAGCGAAUGGAACAGCAGGACUUGGCACAGCAGGAGCGGAAGCAGCAGCAGGAGCUGCGCCUGGCCCUGAAGCAGGAGCGCCGGGCUCUGGCUCAGCAAGGCCAUCGGCCAUACUUCCUGAAGAAAUCUGAGCAGCGCCAGUUGGCCCUAGCUGAGAAGUUCAAGGAGCUGAAACGCAGCAAGAAGCUGGAGAGUUUCUUGAGUCGAAAGAGGCGUCGGAAUGCAGGCAAAGACAGGAAGCACCUCCCUUUGAGCAAUGAGUAGGAAGGAACUGUCCCAGGGAGACCUGGAUCUGUGGGACAGGUCUGGGGUUGGCCAGCUCUGGUUCUUCCCUGCUCAAAGGCAAGCCUCACAACUCCCCCUCAACUGGGCUGCUCAGGAGACUGGCCUGCUCUGGGACUGUGCCAGGGCUCUACAGCAGCAGGAGCUCCGCCCUCCAUCAAGACACACUGCCUUUGUCCACCUAGUUCAUCGUGUUCUCAUGCUCUCCUGCCGUCCUUAAGUCAGGGAUUCAAAAGAAAAGGGGCACAGGCUGUGUUCCCGGCUCCAGGGAAAGGACUUGACAUAAGAGCCACUCUGAAAACAUGCUUGUUACACAUUGAUUUA